AAGCAUAGUUUUGCUGUUACUGUUUGCUGUGCUUGAUCGCGCUUCGAUUUUCGUGAUUAACAACGUUUUACAGAAAUAGCACAAGUUUGAAGCGUUGUUUUUUAAAUUGAUGUUGAAUAUUUUACCUAUUGUAUUCUUUAUUUAACUAAUGGACUUCUACGGGAAGAACGAGUUAAGGCAGGAAGAUAUGUACUGGUAGAAGUGACAGUAACCAUGGCAACAGCAAGGUCCAACCCUGACCAGGAGAAUUUUUUUCGUAUGACUGUUUUAAUUGUAGAUAAUGCCUUAAACGUUCUGCAAGAUGUUCUUCAGAAAGAGCUUAGAACAGAGUAUCCCAGUUUAUUUGACCCGGGGACUGGGUUGUUAUGUGGGGUGCUUAGUAAUGCAUCUGUCAGGGCAACACUGUUUGGAUUAUCAUCAAAAGUGUUCAAUUACCACCAACAAAACCAGCUGUAUCCUUAUGGAAACCCCUCCACAUCAGUGACUGUUGGUGAUUUAGACAUCACACUGACUGUGCUUUUGCUGAGAAACAUCACAGCAUUGGAUCCGUGUCCUCGGUCGAAAGUAUGGGACAACCCCCCCGACACAGAUACAUCAACAGAAGCCAAGAUUGGGCGAGUUAAAAGAUAUCGAAAUAUUGUGUAUGGCCAUGCUAACAAGGCAGCAAUUAGUGAUCAAGAUUUUAGGGCACAUUUCUCAGGGCUCAAGUCCAACCUCCUGGCUCUCUCUAGUAUGUACACCGAUGAGGAAUAUGAUGCCAUCUUGUCUAAACCUCUUGAUGUUGCUUUACUGGAGAGAAACCAGAGCAUUCUGAAAGAAUGGUAUAAUUAUGACAAAUGUGUGAUAGAUGAGUUGUUAAGCAUGAAAGCUACAAUGAAGGAAAUUCCUGAACAAAUCAUACAUGAAUUGAAAGAAGGUGAAACAAAGCUGCAGGACCAUGUGGAACAGGUUCAAAAAAGAAGUGAAAACACUAUUCUAAGGAAGAUGGACAGUGCCACUCAGAAUAUAUGUAAACAACUUGGGGAAAUCUCUCAAAAAGUCACAGAGAUGGACAAAGGUCACUCAGAGCUGAAGGACACAUUUAGGCAGACACAGAAGCUCAUGGAAGAGGUCAAAGAUGCUCAGCUUGGAAAAGAAAGUGAAGAACUUGCAUCUUUAAGAUCAACACAAGGUCUGCAGCUCCAAAUGACACAAGAUAUGCAAGAAAAGGUUCAGACAACUUGUGACGGGGACCGAAAUACACCAGAGUUUGAGAAAAUUCCAGGCUCAUUGGAUGUUACUGUCCAUAUAAGCAUCAAUCAUGCAAGAAUGCAGGCAGUCAAGUCAUCAUCCACCUUCUCCAGUAGUCAGAAAACACCAAGUCCAGAGGACACUCAGCCAGACAGGGAAGCUGUACCCUCAAUGACAAGUGGUGGAAGAGAGAGAGACCAGAUCACUGGUAUAGCAGCUCAUCUGGAAGGUGAGCCAAGCAAGAACAUUACGCAGACAGUGAACAUGGGAAACUCUGAUGAACCACCAACUACUUCAGUUGUACCUAGACCUCCCCCAGAAGAUACCACCCCUCUUUGUGAAGCCAAAGAAAGAAGCUUUAUCAAAAUAUGUGAACAGUUAAUGUCGCAGGCCUUUACCCUUGAAGACAGUGAAAGAGCAGUAAAGUUGAUGGAGAGAUGCCAUGCAAUGUUUUAUGAUAUAAAGCACCAGUGUUUUAUCAUCCGCUUGGUUUGUCCGUCAGUGCACUCACUGGACCAGCUGUGGCAAAGUUAUCGCUGCGGUGAGCUACAGGCUGCUGUAGAGGAUAGUUUUGUCAGCAUCAAGACCCUCGAGAAUUUGGGCCUGAGCCGAAGCGACAUUAAUCUGUGGGUUGAAAUGGAUGAUGAUGAUUACAAUGAAUGUAGGAAAUACAUAAAGGAAAAGACAGAGUUAAAAGCAAUGAUUUACGAAGACUUGAAGAUGACAGUCCAUAAAGGUCCAUAUGGCAGUGCAGAGCAGACUAUACACGGCAUACGCCGAGCCCUGAUGGCAGCUUUCAGUCUACGGAAAGAAGACAUUCUGAUCAAAUGGUGGGACUAUGGACGUCCUGGGGACUGUGCUGCCAUAUGUUAUGGCAUACAACCUCAUCACGUGGGUCACAUUGAAGACAAUAUCCGAGAUUUACCAAUAGAUGUCAUCCUUGAACUGGGAGUAAUGACCAUCAAUAUCGGCACACACACCUUAAGAGUAGCAGGGGCAGAAAAGCUACAGGAUGAAGAUGAAUCGAAAUACCAAUUUAUUGAAGCAGAGGAACUCAAAGAGUUUGAAGCUUACUGUGAACAAAAUGGCCUCGAAAAUAUCGUAGACUAUAUGACAAACAAGAUAAAAGGAGUCGAAAACGUUCCUGUGAAAAUUGCUGUGACUGGAACAGUCGGUACUGGGAAAUCAACAUUCAUCAACACAUUCCGAGGUCUUACUUCUGAAGAUGAUGAUGCAGCGCCUGUCGGAGUAUUUGAGUCUGAGGCCACUCAGGUCCCCAAGGAGUACCACCAUCCAAAAAAUAAAAACGUUACCCUGUGGGACUUACCUGAAAUUGGGACGCCCAAAUUUAACAGAGAAAUCUACGAAGAAAUGAUACAUUUUGGUUCAUAUGACUUUUUCCUUAUCUUUAUCGGCAACCGUAUUUUUGAACACCAUGUAUGGCUUGCUGAAAAAGCUAAGCUUUGGUGUAAGAAAUAUUUCAUUGUCAGGACGCAUAUUGAUGCCGAUAUGGAAAUAGACAAACUAGAUCACCCGCGAACACAUGACGCCUCGCAAUUACUGAAGAAAAUCCGCGAAGAAAUUAAAAUGCUGCUUGAAAAAUGUGGUGUCAAUCCAGAGGACGGUGUUUAUCUCAUAUCUACACUCCUCUGCCAUGUAGACCAGUGGGAUUACCGAAAACUCGAACAUGAUCUGUUGCAUGAGCUGCCUCGUGAACAACGCGAAGUGCUGGCAUUGUCUCUGAGCAAUCUCUCCGAAAAUUUGAUCAAAGCAAAGUGUAAGAUACUUCGAAGUCGUGUUUGGAAAAAGGCUAUCCUUUUGGCAGUGGAGGGGUUUGUCCCAUCUCGAUUAAGGGGCAUCAUGCCACAGAAGGUUAUAGACUAUUUUAUCAAAGAAGUGAUUAGUUAUAGAAACGCUCUGGGUCUAGACGAGGAAUCCUUGAGGCGUCUUUCGCAAAGAACUGGCCUAGAACUGGAAAGACUUAUUUUAAUGGCAACUGAAAAAAUCGAACUGCCAUUUACAAAAUUUAAUUUGGGGGCAUUGAUGAGCCUCUUGGCUGUACGUCAAGCUAUUACACCUGCAUUGCCUGUAGUUGGAUUGCCUGUCACAUUAGGCCUUGUACAUUAUGAAGCAUACAAGUCAGCCAACGAGUUGCUGCACGAAAUUUUGGAUCGUCUUGAAUCCGCUUCACUCCAAGUUCUCAAGGUGACUUUGUCCUCUGCUCCACACAGAGAAGUUCUGUACGUCAGAAUACAAGGUAGGGACGAUGAAGCGUCCUCUGAUCCAGACAGAGAGGUUCUGUACGACAGAAGACAAGUUUGAGACAACAAAGCCUGACAUUGUGAGACACACUGCAAUUCGUUCAUAAAGACUAAAAUCAGCCAUUCCAUGUACAGAUAGUCCAAAUUUCAAUCAAUUUCAAUGAACAAAAAUUCCAUGGGUUUUUUUUCUUGAGAAAUGUAUUUUGACUAUAAAGAUGAAACGGCUAACAUGCACCAGUGACAAGUAAUUUUGUUUUCAUUUUGAUUUUGUUAUACAGUAUCGUUGUAAAGUAAAUGACUUACACUUUCAGUUAUUGUAGAAAAUAUUUAAAACGGAAUCAGAUAAGUUAAAGAAUAGGGAGUUUUUGAAUCUAAGCAAUUUUGGCAACAAGUGAACAGGUAGGUCCUCGUAAAAACAAAACCAUUCCAUUAGAAGUUUAUGUUGAUGGAAAAGUUACCAUUGAUAUAGACACUGUAAUAAAUAAAUGCAGGGAUGAUUUCCAAAUACUGUACAUUAACUAGGGGAAUAAUGAGCCUAGAAGAGACAAACACAAGGCUGACAUACAAAGUAUUAAUAGUUUGAAAGAGCAAUACAUGAUAGAACCUCUGUAUGAAAGUAAUGAGAUAUUGAAGAGGAAUAUUAUUAUUAGUGAAAUAGUUCGUGAAAUAGCCAAAAUGAAAAAAAAGGAAAAGCACGUAGAAUAGACAUGCUACCCAACGAAGUGUACAAAGGUAAUAAUGCUACUAAAGUUAUGCAUAAAUUGGUUCAGUAAUGCUUGGAUUCAGGAAAGAUACCCUCAGUAUGGCGGAAGGACAGUAAAUUAGAUCAGAGGGUUCCUCUGAAUUAUAGAGGAAUUAGUUUAUUAUAUUGUUCAGCAAAAAUGUACACGAGUUUUUUAAACGACAGAUUAACUGAGUUUUUUUGACAACAGAAAGUUUCUAGUAGAUGAGCAGAAUGGUUUUCGCAGGGAUAGGUCUUGUCAAGAUCACAUAUUUGCCUUGGAUUCUAUCAUAAGGAAUAGACUUAAUGUUGCAUUAUCAACCUUUUGUGCUUUCAUAGACUUUCAUAAAGCAUUUCAUUGCAUCGACAGAGAUUAUUUAAUGUGCAAAUUAUUGAGAUCUGGUAUUGAUGGUAAAGUAUACUGGGCUAUUAGAAACAUAUAUACAUUUGCAUGUACAGUAGCUUGUGAAAUGGUAGGAGACAUGCAGAUGAUGUGGUAUUUAUUGCUCCUACCGGGAAAAACGUUCAAGCUAUGUUUGAUAAGCUAAGUGAGUGAGCCUAUAAAUGGAGUUUAUUUGUUAACCAAAAGAAAACAAAAAUCGUACAUUUCAGAAAACCAGGGGUUGAAAGGAGUAACUUUCAAUUUAACUGAGAUGGAGUGCUACUUGAUUAUGAAAAGUCUUAUAAAUAUCUUGGAGUUACCUUAGCAGAUACAUUUAAUUAUAGUACAAAUGCAGAUGUGAUGUCUCAUGCUGCAGGUAGGGCACUGGGUUCCAUAAUAGCUAAGUAUAAACAUCAAGGAUAUAUGGGGUAUUCCAUAUACACAAAGCUUUUUUAUUCUUGUGUUAGUCCCAUUCUAGAAUAUGCAGCAGGUGUUUGGGGGAUGUAAUGACUAUAAGCAGCUAGAUAAAAUUUCUUUUUAGAGCCUCCAGGGUAUUUUGGGGUGCACAGAUUUACUCUUCUUCUGGCCAUAGAAGGAGAUAUAGGUUGGAUGAAUACUAAGUAUAAAAGAUGGUUGCACCUUAUAAGAUUGUGGAACAGACUUGAAAACAAAUGUUGCUUAGAGAUUAUGACUUGGCAAAAGAGGGUAACAUUAAUUGGUGUGCUCAGGCCUCUCAAGUUUUAACUGUUUGUGAAAUGGAGUAUUUGUUUAAUGAUUUAGUUUCUUGUGAUGUUGGCGUUAUAAAGAAUAUAUUAUUUAAACUGCAAGAGAGAGUAUAGAAGGAAGCCGUGUUCAAAAUCCCAGUUGGGUCUAUAGAAAACUUAAAGAAAACUUAGUAGUGGGAAAUUAUGUUAAGUAUAAUUUAAAAGCUGCAGAAAGAUCUAUCAUGGCCCAGUUCAGAUCAGGAUCCAUUUUAUGUAGAAAUAGGCCGCUUUGUUGACAAAAAAUUAGAUCGACUCUGUAUUUCUGUAACGAUAAAAAAGUAGAAGAAGAGUAUCAUGUUUUAUUUGAUUGUCCAAUUUAAAAAAAAAUUCAGGAAAAAUGGUGUGACAAAGUAAAAGUGGGCGAUCUUAUCUUUCAUGACCUGGAGGAGGUUAAGGAGAGACCUCAAGUGCUUUUUACAGACUUUCAUAGAAGCACAGCGAGGUUUUUCUUUAACUGCUUCCAGGUCAGAAAGAAGUUGCUAUAUAAUCAAUGUUUAAAAACCGGUGACUUUGUAAGCCCAUAGGGUUGGGCCGUUACAUAUAUAUUCACAUUAUUGUUUUAUGUAUUAUGUUUGUAUAUAUUCGGCAUUGUCACGAAAAUAAAUCAGUUUAACAUGUAGAAAAUAUUUAAAACGGAAUCAAAUGAGUUAAAGGAUAGGGAGUUUUUGAACCUAUGUUAAAUUUCUUUAAGAGCCAACAAGUGUAGAAUUUGGUUUCGUGGUAGAAAAAUAGAACAUGUCAAAGUAAAAGUAAAUGCAUGGUCAGCACGGAUAAAUAUAGUUUAAACAUUUGUGAAAUUGUAUGAAAAGAGGG